UUAUGUUUGCAAAAUAAAUGCUGCAAUCUGAAUGUGACCAGAAAAUUCAUAUAUUCCACCAUUUUCACCGAUUGGCUGCUUUUAUACCCAACUGCUGGCCUUUAAAGUUUUGGAAAAUCUUUAUAAAUCUUGUCAAGAACCACUGGGCUAGGAGAGUAGAAUUUUACGUGAAAGCUUCCUGACAUAGUGCAGAUUCAAGUUUGUUAAAAACAUGGCACCCAGGGGUAGGAUGGGGCCACAAUAGGGGAUCAAAGUUCUACAUACAAAUAUAUAGGGAAAAUCAUUAAAAAUCUUCAGAAGAAUCACUGGGUCAGAAAAGUUUACAUUUACAUGAAAACUUCUUCACAUAAGCUUUAUUAGGUAGUGCAGAUUCUAAAUUGUUAAAAUCAUGGCCCCCGGGUGUAUGAUGGGGCCACAAUAGGUGAUCAAAGUUUUACAUGGUAAUAUAUAGAGAAAAUCUUCUUUUCAAGAACCAUUGGGCCAAAGAAGUUUACAUUUGCAUGAAAGCUUCCUGACAUAGUGUAGAUUCAAGGUUGGAAAAAUCAUGGCCCCGGGGGUAGGUUGGGGCCACAAUAGGGAUCAAAGUUUUACAGAUAUGGGCCAGUGUGACUCAGGUAAGCGAGGUGGCCCAUGGGCCUCUUGUUUUCUUAAAUAGUCGGGGAAAUAAUCUUUGCGGUUUUCAAUGGGGUUAGACACCCCUUCAAUAAAUUUCCAUAUGUUUACUUUCCUGUAACUGUUGAUUCGCAUCAAGAUUUAUAAAGCGUUUUAUCAAGAAUGAAAAUGAAAGUGCAUUUAAUAGUUAAGUCAAACCGUGAGCGAAUUCUGGUAAACUUUUACCCGCCAUGUCGGCGAGAGGAUUUUUAUGAUGUUAAAAUUACCCACUAAAAAUUACUUGCAUGUGCGAGAGGGUGAGUGAUUAUUUGCAACCCUGUAACUGUUGAUUCGCAUCAAGAUUUAUAAAGCGUUUUAUCAAGAAUGAAAGUGCAUUUAAUAGUUAAGUCAAACCGUGAGCAAAUUCUGGUAAACUUUUACCAGCCAUGUUGGCGAGAGGAUUUUUAUGAUGUUAAAAUUACCCACUAAAAAUUACUUGCAUGUGCGAGAGGGUGAGUGGUUAUUUGCAACCCUGUGCUGACACACUUCAUGAAGUAUGGCGAUGUGAAGUGUUGCAGUUCAUACCCUCAUGUAUUUUCAAAAAUGAAAUUCAUUUCUUGUAUAGGAUUGUUUGAAAAUGCGAGUUAUCUCUCUUAGUAUUCUAAUGGAUAGUAUGCAAUGACAACAUCGGGGUAGUAACACAAUCAGACUGCACAAUAUUUAAGUGUCUUGUUUUUGUUGUUAUGUUGAGUAUGGAUGCUGAAAUUAGAAACUGGUCAAUUACAGUUGAAAUCUUUUCUACGAGAGGGUAUGAUAAUGGAAACAAAGAACUUCUUGAUCAAGUUAGAGGUGUAAUUUCUGUGAAGAAAAGAAAACAAUAAUUUUUAAAAUCAAAUUGGAAAUUGGACAUUCGCUUGUUUCCAAAUGUCUCCAAUAAUGAUGUGCAUAAUUAUUUUGUACUAAGUCAGAACAGGACUACUGAUUUCAUCAGCUCUAAUCUGGGGGUUUUACGAGAAUCGACACAUUUAUGGAUCUUGCAUAUCAUGGUACUCCCCCCACCCCCCCCCCUUCCCCAAAUGUAUAAAUUAGGAAUGCUCUCACUGUAUUAUCAGGGCUAAAGUUAUUCCAUCUAACUGGACGUGUCCACUCUGCAAAUCAUUUGUACAUGUGCAGCAUGCAGCCAGGAUUGUUUGUCUCAACUGAUAUAUUUAAAAUGCAGUAAAAUAGGUAAUUAAAUGAAAAUUAUCUUUCAUUUCUUAAAUAUUCCUCGAUUGACAUAAAUUGAAUUUCAUAGGGGGGGGGGGGUACCACUCUCAGAUGCACUCUUUGGGGGGUAAUGAAGUUUGAAUCCCCUUCUUGCUUUUAACAUCUCUGUACCUUCCCUGUUUUCCUCUUUUAUUCCACAAAGUGGUCGGAGCAUAUAGUUUUAUUGUUGUCCAUCCUUCUGUCCUUUGGUCCUUCCACAACACCCAGUUUUCUGUACUAUUUUUCUAAACAUCUCGAGAUAUUGAAUUAAUUUUUUGUAUGCAGGUGUAUAUUGAUGAGUUACAGAUCGAGUGUGAGUUUUGUUCCAGUUUGUUGAUUUUUGAUGGAGUUGUGCCCCUUUAACUUAGAAUUACUUUUAUGACCAGUUUUCCGGACUUUUUCUAAAUGCCUUGAGAUAUUGAUCUGAUUUUUUGUAUGCAGAUGUAUAUUGGUGAGUUACUGAUCACGUUUGAGUUUUGUUUGUUGAUUUUGAUGGAGUUGUGCCCCUUUAACGUAGAAAAAUUAUUAUAAUAUAAAUGUAUUUAUUUUAUAGCUGUUAAAACAUAAAGGAUUGUUGUUGAGUUCUUCAUUGUACUAAAUGUGUUUAACAUAAAUCUGAAUACCACAUUCAAUGCUAUACUUCGAGGGAUUUCCUACAUUUUACUUUACUGCAGGCGGGGCCAUUCUUGUCGUGCUGACACAUCUUGUUUGUGUGUGUGUGUUGCUUUCUGCUAGCAAACAUUAGAAACUUUAUCUAAUUACUCAUGUUUUUAAAUUCAGUACUAGGGUAUUCGUUGUGACAUUCUGAAAAAUUAUCUUCAAAUCAGGCAGAUAUCUUUAUAUCAGAAAUGAAUUGUCUGUGGUUAAUUUGUAUACAAGAGUUGCCUCAGUUGGAUCACGCGUUCAUCAUUUUCCCUUACCAGAAAGAAGAAGAUGUGGAUUGGUGCAAAGAUUGCAUCAAAUCGAUGCAUUUCUUCACCAGAGGCUCUCAUGUGAAUGACGUUAAAAGGCUAGAACUGAAUCCCUGAAUAAAGUGUUAUUUCGAUUUUCACCACAGAUUCAGUUUUAGUAUCAUUAACGUCUUCUUCACUCUAAUACAUAAGCAUAUAAGUGGAAAUUGAGAGUGCACAUCUUAGGUAUUCUACCGGUAGAAUACCUUAGAUGUGGAUAUGGUAUCUUGGAUGCAUUUGAAAGCUUGUGUUUUGUGUUGUAAAUAUACGACUGUAAUGUCAUAGAUACAUUUAUGUACACGUAACAACCAACUCUGAUGGCGUCGAUCUACAUACAAGGUUUAUUUGCUGUUACGGGAAAAGAUGAGUAGUUACGAUUGAAGUUGCCUAAGUGAUGCAUUAUUUUUGUAACUUCUUUUUCUGAAGAGUUCCAAAAUUUAUAGUUUCGAUAUCCAUAUUUAAUAGCAUUUAAAAAAAAAAAUUUCUUGACUCCUGAACAUCUAGUGAAAAAUCUAUAUGCAUUGUUAUAACCCUAACAAAUAUGAGUUGUAUGAAGGAAUCAUAUUGUAUGUACAUUCAUUUGUUUGUCCAUCCAUCCCAUUUUGUGUUUUAGCCAUAACAUUGUAAUUGAGAGACAUUAGAAGGUUGUAUUUAUGGCAAAAAUUGCUGAUGAUAAGGCAGAGUGUCUACCGUCUGGUCAAUGAAACAAUGUCAUUUCAUCAUGGUCAAGGUUAAGAGUAAAAAAAAGAAUAGAAAUAUUUAUCCAUCCCACUCUUGUAAACGAGAAACAUUAGAAGCCCAUUCUUGGCUAACUUGCCUGUGCUAAAAGCAAGUGAGCUCUUUUGAUUACAGGUUGGCCAUUUGUCUGUACUGUGUUAACUUCUCUCAAUAACCAAGAACAACUGUGUCAAUAUCAAACAAACUAUGUACAAAGCAGCAUGUAGCGUAGAUUCAAGUUUUGUAACAUAAAUCUCUCUGUAAUGCCAGAGCAUACUGCCAUCCGCCACCCCGUUUUCAUAACAUACGUCUGAUUUAGCAUGUCAUAAUUUGGAAUAUCUCUAUGCUUCUACAAGUGUGAUCAGUGAAACAGUUAAUUCGUCACCUUCCCAAAUCACUGUUGAAUGGCUGAAUUCUAGCAUCAGUCCAGGUAAUGGAAUAUAACAUGAAUUGGCAUUUUUUUUAAUGAAUCACUGCUCAUUAUGACUUACCCAUUAAAGCAGGUGCUUUUGAAUUUUGAUGAGAAAAAAUAAGUUGAAUUUCAUAUAAAUCAACAGCUAACAAUAUUUUAGUUCUGACAUAUUAUCUUGUUAGAUAUUAAAGAGUUGAAAUUAACCCAACUACCAUCCAGAAUUGUUAGUAACUUAGUGGGCUGAUUCGUUCAGAAAAUUAUUGCAAUGUAUGUGUACCACCACAGCUAGCUGCUUCACUAGAUGGUGAACUUUGAGAUCUGCCAAGGUAUAUGGUAAGCUGGAUGUUGACAGUGAUACAGCUAAUACCAGUACGUGCUGGGUCUGGAGAAGGACACUCUCAAAUCCGAGACAUUGAGAAUUGACAUGAUCAUGAAUUCCAUUACCAUUAUAUGAGACUUUUAGUCCAAUGAAGAGAAUGUGUGUAUGUCCAUUCUAGUACAUCAAGGGAGGCAAAUUUUAAAGUCAGAAUGAUGAGAGGGCUUUAGAAAAGUGCUUUUAUCUAAAAUUUUCUAAACACCACAGAGAAAAACAAACAGUCUGCAGUGGAUAGGAUUGUUUGAAAUGAACAGAUGUGUGAUGUAUCAGUUUUAAUGAUCGACGAAACUUGAAAGUACUUUGGUCACUGAUUGUGUAAAUAAUCACUUCAUUAAUUUAACAUUUCAUGCUCAUUAAUCGCAAAAGGAACAUUACAAUGAAAAUAUAUCUCAAAUUUGUUAAUUAAUCACAUGAGUAUUUUGUCAGUAGUUGGUGAGCGAAAUCUGAUCAGGUGGCAUUAUUCAAUUUACUGCAUUCCUCCAAUUCGACUGAAAUCGUAGGUAAUUAAACAGUUGAUUGUAUAAGUAAGUAGUGAUACGAACAGAGUUCGAAAGUCCUUUAAAAUGACGAAGUUCCGAAUUGUCUUGGUUGUUUUUUUAGUUAAAGUAAUCAAACCCUCUACUAUGUGACAUUUAGGCUAUAUUCCAUGUUUAUGAAUUAUAGAGUUCUGAAUAUUUCAUCCCUGAUAAAAACUACUUGUGUCAACUGUAUGAACAACAAAACAUCAAACUAACUCAAUACUGGUAAACAUGGUGUCUUGGUACCAAUAUUUUAGGUCAUAGUUCAAGGUCAAAAAACAUUAAAUGUGCAUUCCGUCAAUUGCCAGUAGCAAAAUACUUGUUAUAUUUCUACAUUUUCCACAUUAAAAAAGACUUCAGUAUAGUGAGAAUUGACUAGUAAAGAUGGGGACACAAGUGAGGUUUAAAGUUUUACAUAGAAAUAAAAUAGGAAAAUUCUUAAAAAUCUUUUCCUCUUAGUAGAACCAUACUCUAUAUGUAAUAAGGAUAUGAUUUGACAAAUUAUUAUGCAUGAAUCCCAGGGUUUCAUCUGUCUCCAAAAAAUUAUUAAGAUCGAUGGCAACUUUAUCAUUCAUUGAGAUCAUUCUAUACCCACCUUUCAUGAUUAGCCUUGACACUUGGAUAACUUUUUCCUUUAUUUUACUGUCAAAGAGAAGUAGUAAUAAGAAAGUAAUCUUAAUAAAAAUAAUAUUUUUAUCAUUAUUUGUGUUUGAUAUUGGUGAAUUCAUUCCUUUUAUCAAACACAAGUUGUAAUUUGAGUUUGAUAAGUAAUUUACAGUCCUUUUUAAAACAAGUGAUUUUACAAAUAAAAAUCACAUUUUGUCAUUUGUUGGCCAAAAUACACAAUGAGGAUGAUGCAGUUCUGUUUAUAUGCAUCUGAUUUAAAAUACUGCUUCCUAGAAUUAAUUGCUGAAUUAUUACAAUAGUCUUUGAUUGAUAAUAAGUACAUUUCAUUAUUUAUUGUUACUUCCAAAAAAAUUGGAGGGGUUGGGUUGGUAAACAUUCAUGAUUUCUAAUAAAUGAUUUCUGUGAACCAGCAGGUUAAGAAUCUUUGUAGUGUGUGAAAACAGCUUUUCUGUUAUAUCCAGAUCAUGCAUGUAAAAGAUAUAUUGCAUAUAAAUGAUGAUGAAUAGGAUUAAAUUAUGGAAUUAAAGCAAUUACACAGGUAUAAAUGGCAAUUCUGUGAUUUUUUUUCUAUUACUAAGCUCUCUCUCUAUACCAUUAUACUUUGAGGUCUGGAGAGAAUCAGAAGUUUAGAAUUUUACAAAUAUGAUUGUGUAUUUAUAGGAAAAUCUUAUAUGCUACUAGAAAUUUUCAGGAUUGAACCACAGGAACACAAUUUGUCAAAUAUAUAUGCAUUCCUUUUAUAGUAUGGAUUAAUGAUAAAGUUCACAAUAUGACCCCUUGGGCCAGGUGAAGGCUGUAAUGAGAGUUCAGUAUUACUACACUUUAAUCAAUAUUCAUUGAAUACCAAAUUUUUAUAGAUUUCAAUGUUUAGUUAAUGUAGAAAGUUGCUGCUGAACAGCACUCUUUUUUUUUUUUUUUUUUUUACAGAGUCCACAUACUUGAACUUUACACAUAUACCUUGAACUGAUACUAACUGGCAGUUUGCUGCAGAUGUAUAUUUCACAAUUAUUUCAUGCUACAAACAAUUGAAAUGAAUGGCAUUUAUAUCUGAAUUAACAGUAUAAGAUUGAAAUGUUGAAACAGGAUGUGUGAAGUCUUAGGAUGAGAUGUGGCUUUGUAGGUGUGUAAUGCAUCAUUAUCUUCCUCAAGAACGGAUCUUAUGUAGGUGAGCAUUGUGGCCAAUGGAACCAGGCUUUUUAUCUCAGUUAAUCUUGAAUACGUGUCAAAUCAAGGGCAUAUAGCAUGAAAUGUAUUUUUUUUUUAAAAACUUUAUCGACAGGUAUGAUGUAAUACCUGGUAUUCUUUGCAGUGCAAUCAAUAUGUCAUGCACUCUUUAUCAGUGCACUGUAUUUUCUUCCUUGUCCCAGUAAGAGUUAUGGAACCUGAUUAUUGGAAGAGUAAAGCCCAGGUGAGCUAUUUGUUCUAGGAGUGCCAGACAGAUCAUUUGUGGGGUGGUUUUUUUGUGUGUGUUUUCUUGAGGAUCUAGUAUGAGUCACUGUAUGCAUAUGAGAUUCAGAGAAUCAAUAAUUCUGUCAAAAAACAAACAAAAGCUGUUUUUGUGUUAUUUAAUGAAUGUGUUCGUUUUUUUUUUUUAAUUUAUGCAUCUUUUCUUUAAUAAUGAACUAAAAGGCUGGGUUGUGUUACAAACCUUUAUAUAUCUUUGGUUCGUUUCUCUGCAGACAGUGCAAUCAAUGUCCGUGUCAUUAGCGUAAAAGUUACUUCCCUUUUCAGAUGUUUUUUAUGACUUGCACUAUUCAUUAUUCUUGAAAUCAUGGUGUAUAGUAUGAAAUAAAACCACAAAAUCUAAUCAGAAUCAUAUGGGAAAGGCUUUGUGACUGCACCUUAAUUUAUGAUUGAAUUCUCCAUGAAACAGCUGUAAUAGGCACUUUCUAGAGAAUUCAGAGAAAUGAUAUUAGAUAUAUAGUGUAUACAAUUGUCUUGGAUUGAUGUACAAAACUAACAUAGUCUGUAUAUUCUGCUAAAGCAGUUUUAGUAAAGAAAAUAAAGUCAAGGGUGAAUGCAGCCAAAAAAACCCAAAAAACAACAAAAAACAAAAACUCAAACCAACAGUGAACUUGAAGUGUUACCUUAUACUUCCCAACUGCAAAAUGCAGAGUACAGGAAUCCAUACAUUUGUUGGUGUAUUCACUCAGAUGUCCAGAACUCUGUUGUUUGAUUUGAAUUUUGUGUUAAAGAGUAUGGAAACUUGAUGUGAAGACUGAAUUAUCUGUAUCAUCUGUGGAUGAUGUUCUUAGUAGUAGAGGAAGGAUUUUUGUGCAAUGUCACCAUAUUUGUAAAAUAGGGGUUGAUCAGAUGGAAUUUAGGUGCUGCUGUAAAAUGUUUCUCUUUAUGAAGAUUUCAACAAUUCAGACAUCAUAUUUUGUUAGAUCAGCAUUGAUGAUUGCGAACUUUCAUUACUUCAAAAGACAGUAAGACACGUAAAUGAACAGUCCGUUUGUUUUGAAUGAAUUUACAUAGGACUGAAUACAGUUAGCUUUUAGUAUUUUGAAAUUGGAUAUGUCGAAUACUUGGGAUAUCUUGAAUACAUUGUCAGUCCUGACCUUAAUUACUCUAAAAGUAUAGUGAUGUAAAAAAAACAACAACAAAAAACCCAUUAGAAUAACUUGUUCAUUGUGAAGUGCCUUUGCAGACCCAAAGUACUAUAUUUAAGUUGAGUCAAUAGUAUGAAAUGACUCAUUGUUACAAACCAGUCUUCUGGUUGAUUGCACAAUCAUAACCUGGUGUAUCUCAAAGUCAUAAGAAUUUCUCACCCUUGCUAAUUUAACAAUGCCCCUUUCACACUCUGAUGUAAUAGCAUGAAGAUAAAGAAAAUGGAGAUGAAUGCAACAGGAUUUAGGAUUUUCUGAAAAAAUAUGCAUUUAUCAAUUUCAUGCUGUAUUGGCAUUCCUUGAGGGAUCUUAAAUACUUUAUACACAUGUUCCCGCUGAAUUUCUUGUAAGUACCUGAUCAAGUGCAUGCAAGGUUACCCAUGUUUACUUUAGCUACCUGCUACGUCAGUUCAGAUGGAGUAUAAAGCUUUUGCUACACUAUUGCAACAUCAAAGAAGACAUUGCUCUCUCUGCUAUUUCAUUCAUUCAGCAAGUUCUCAUUGGGAUCUGUACUUGUAUGCCAUUCAAGCCCACAUGUACUUGACACACCAAUUGUUUCGGUUUGUGUGAUGCAAAGUUUAUUUAUUAAAUUAUUUUGAAUUAGGUAGUGGCAAAUCUACUAUCACCAGGAGUCUAUUUGCAAUGCAAUUACAGUUACAUUUGAUAGGAUAUUUUGCUACAGUUAGACCCAAAAACAUAGCAUGGUCAUGCUGACAAACUGUUGCAUACAUACCAUGAUGGUGCAGUUCAGAAUAUGGAGGUGUCAUGCAGAUUUUGAAUGUAUAUGUGGAAUUGCAGAGAUCGAGACCGUUUUAGGAAGUUACAUGUUUCUGCAGGGUUCUCUGUGCAUUGUUGGAUCUCUUGCUUUAUCAAAGACUUUUUCAAAUUAUGCAGAAUGAACUUGAUUAUAUGGCAUCAGAAUGUGACAGGAGUUUUACUGAAAAUACUUAGUGCACACUGCUGAAUAUAAUUCUGUAUAGUUCGUAAAUUAAUCCUUCGCAAAUAUGGAUAUUAAUGACAAAAAAAUUGUACAGUGAUUGAGAGCUAUUAUCUAUAUAAUAAUACACCCAUGCAUAUUUACCUAAUUAAACAAUUUUUGAAUAGAAUUCUAUUUUCUUUCUUACAGCGGUACUUGUUUUCAAUCACCAUUACUCACCAUGUUGAAAAAAAAACUUAGAUAAGUACUUUGUGUAAAGGAGAGUUGAAUUAACUGGCUCUAUAGAAGGAAACUUUAAUGUCCUCAACAUUCACUCCGAAAUAAACUUUUCAAAAUCAAAGUUUUUGUCUCUGUAAGGUCCAUUGUGAAUAGUUUGGCAAUUAUCAAAUGCAUCAGAUGUGGCUUAGAAAUUGAAAGUUAUGCACAUUGUCAUAUUGUAUAGAUUGGUGACUCCAGAAAGAACAUUUGAAGUAAAUGCUGACUGGUCUUGAAAUAAAAUAUUAAUUUUACUGUACAAAUGUCGUAGCUAGUGGACCUCAUGCUCCCAAACCCCUGAAUGUUUCAAAGUUUUGUGUCAGUCCUGUUGACUUGGAGAAAGAAAGUUAUAUUGCUGUAUUAUGUGCAAAAGACAAAGUUAUGUUUGACCUUGAACUUUGAUAGAUAUCUGCAAAUGACAUUGUAGCUAGAUACUUCAUAUUUCCGUGUCAAGGUAAGACAUUUAUGGGUGGUAAAGGCCAAACGUCAGAUUUAUCACCAUAGGCUAGGCCAUUUUAUAUCCAUCGUGUUCCACAAACAUGUUUUGUUCUCUGUUACCACUAUAUUUCAGUCCUCAUAAUUAGAAAAAGGUUUUCUUCCUAGUUUAUAUGUGUGGGUGAUCGACUGCACAUUUCUUUGUAUUCUGGAAUCUAUUUUAUCUUGUAGUUUAUGUAACAUAUAGGUCAGUUGCUGUCUACUAGGUGUUUUUCAAAGUAAUGUUAACCUUUAAUAAUAUUGGAACAUGAAACCCAAAUAUUUUGUUUCAAUUGUCGGGAUUUAAUGUAAAAUCUGUACAGUGUAAUUUUGUUUGCUGAAAUACAAAGCAGUGUUAAUAGUUCCCGAGUCUCUCCUUUUUGAAUUCUGGCUUUAGUUGUAUUUUUUCCUUUUUGUACCACUAUUGAAAAUAUUUAAAUAUUCAGAGCUAUUUGAAGUAUUGUUGAAUGAAAUUUGAAUGCACUGAAUAUCGCUAUGUCUUUUGCGUUUUAAUAUUGAUUACAAAGUAUAAAAUUGUGUAUGGUUUAAAAGAAAAAAAGCGAGUGUUUCAAAUAGGGUACAGAAUAUUUCAAUGUGGAAAAAGAAUCAAUAGUUUUUGAAAGAGUACUUGGUACUUGGGGACAUACAAUUGAUAUCAUACAUAGUGCGUAGAGGAGAUUUAGGAUAGACUUAUCGAUACGGUAUUGUGCUCUGAUGGAGUACAGUAUUUUGCUAUGGUGGAGUACAGUAUUUUGCUCUGGUGGAAUGUCAGAUGAAUAGAUCUAGGAGGUAGAGGCAUUAUACAACAAAAUGUGUAAUGCUAAUUUUUCUGUUUUGUGUUAUCUCAUCUCAGGUCUGUUGAUUUGGCCAUGUUUGCAUUGGGAGGGGAUUUCUAGAACUUCCUUCAACGUAGGCAAUUACAGAAGGGUAAGCUUUUUAUUGGAUGGAUACCCAGGCAUGGGCCCCCCAUUUAUAACUUUGUUUGCCUCUUCAGUUUAAACAGGCUAUGAUUUAGUGCGGAAUAUUGGCUGAUAUGAAUUGUUUGUUUUAUUUCUGAGUUGGGCCAAAUUGAUCAGGGCUGUUCUAGGUACCUCUACUGCGCAUGGCUUUGACUGGCGUGGAAAAUUUCCUUAUCAGCAAAAGAUUUUUUGCCGCCUAACUACCAUGCCACUGAGCUAAGAAUCUCUCAGGAAAAGAACGCUGAGUGUCUAAACACCAUAUCUGCUAUUAAGACCGAGAAUGAACGACUUAAAAGACUCAGCCAUGAGUUGGAAGAAAAAGCCGAGUCUGCAGAACUACAGAUCAACAAGAUAUCUAAUCAGUACAGACAGAUGCUGGAGGAGAAGGAGAGAGAAAUAAAUGAACUAAAACACAGUCAUGAAGAACUUCUUCAGCAGCAACAAGCGACCUUCACUCAACAGGACAGUCAGGGUGGUAUGUCCCCGACCUCUCCAAAAGAUGGACACCCAUUAGGAUUCGAUCAUGGACAGUUUACCAGUGAUGGCCUUGACUUUGGUGACAAUAUAUCCAUGCAACAUGAGAUUAACCGUUUGAUGUCUGAAGUGAAGCGGCUGAAAGCUGAAAACAAACACUGGAGGUCCACCAGUGGGGCAAAGGAGGGAAAAACGCCGGAAGUUGAAAAAGAGCAUGUGGCCUUGCAAGAUAGCAUCCAGGGGCUUAAGGAACAACUUCGCCAUGAAAAAGAGCAUCAUCAACAGGAAACAGUACUGCUCCAGGACAUGCACUCCCAGAAAAUUACAGCACUUCACAAGAAAUUCAAGGCAGAGAUUGCACAAUACAAAGAGAAAGUUCAAGAGCUGGAACAGAGCGCCGGAUAUGAUGGUAACUUAUCAGAACUGGAAGUCAGGUUGGGGGAGUUGCAAAAGGAUCAUGAUGCAUUAAACACAGAAAAAUCAAAGAUGGAUUCAUUGAUACAGAGCUAUAAACAGCAACUACAAGAAAAAGACCAAGAGCUUUCAGCACUGAAACUGGAAAAUGAAAAGGUUUCUACACGACUUCACAAUGCCAAGUACCAACUGCUAGAUCAAUUGGAUGCAAAUCAUGCUCAGUCUAUUGAUCUUAUGUGUGACCUCCAAGAGAUGAGAAGGAACAUUACCCAAAAUACAAUUGCUCGCAGAAAUGUCCUUCUCAAAGAGCGACAGGAACUGGUCAACCUCAUGAUUGAGUCUGGCCUUCAGCAAAAGAACAUCAGUAUGUCUGUUGAGAUUUUGGAGGCAGAGCGAGAACAAGUGUCCCUGGAGAAUGAGCACAUGCUUUCUGAAAUGGGGAACACUGAACAUCAAGCUCUCACCAAAGAGAUUAUAGAUUCUUUUGAAAAAGAAAAUGUAGUAUUAAAGAAAAAGAACCUGGAGUUACAAGAACAGAUUGCAGUGUUGGAGAAGGCUGUGAAAACACUUUCAGAGGAUAAACACAAAAGCAAACUUAAUGAAGUGGAAAAAGCUGAUGAUGAAGAAGACUAUGAUUGGAACACUGCAGAGAUUGAAGAACUAAGCAGCAGAAACAGUGAACUGGAGAAGCAGUUGAAAGAGCAGUCAUCUAAUCAAGAGAGAGACAUGGAAGAAUUUGAAAUGCUGAAAGCUGAUUGGAUAUUAGAAAAAGAGGCUCUAGAGAACACCUUGUUUGAACUUGAACAAAAGUUGAAGGAGAGGGAAACAGCCUUGAAUAAGAUAGAAGCACAGAAGGGUCUGUUGACAGUCGCCCAGGAGAGGGCUAGUGAUGUGAGUGACUCAGAAGAGUCCAAUGAAAGUAGUAAUGGUGAUAUAGGGGCAGAUAUUGAGAAAUUAGAUCAUAAAGUGGAUCUUCUAGCUCAGGCAAAUGCCCUUCUGGAAGAAGAAAGGGAUGGGCUAAUUGUUGAGAAGGAAAAGCUAGAGAAAGAAUUGUCAGCACUAAAAUUGGAUAUGGUGACUGGUGACAAAGAUGGUGCAUUAUCAAGAGAUAUAGAAGAGCAGAAAACCUUGAUUGCCAGUCUACAGGAGGAAAAAGAGGGACUGGAGACCAGUUUAGAGGAACUAGACAGCCAACAUGAAGAAGCAAUGGCUCAAGUCAUAGAAAUUCGAAAUGAUCUUCAAAGGAGACUCUUAAAAUCUGAAAAAGAAAAUGAUGAAAAAGACUCACAAAUAAAUGAACUAGAGAAAACUGUAAACCGUCUUCAAAAAGAGGCUCAGCAACUUGAUGACCUUGAGGAAGAAGUAUUUAAUCUCAGAGAAAACAAAGAGCAAUUGGAAACACAGCUGAAGUCAUUAUCAUCCAAAAGAAACAGUGACCAAAGUAGCAAUGGUUGUGAAAUGUGUAAAGAGUUAAGACAGCAGCAGGAGAAAGCAGCUAUGACUGUAAAUGAACUUCACAUGGAUGUGAAAGAGUUAGAGGACAAGCUACAGAAAAGUCAGGAUGACAUAAAAGAUAAGGUAGUCAAAAUAAAACAAGCCAGAGAGAGCAACCAGGAGCUACAGAAGUCUGUGGAAGAUUUAACACAUAACUUGCAUGACCAAGAGGAUGAGGUGAAAAGAUUAAGAGAAGAAAGUGUAAAGACAAUAAAAUCUGAAGUUGAGGUACUCCAAGAGCAGUUAAGUGAAAAGUCAGAGGAGAUGAAAUCUGUAGUUAUUGAACUAGAGGAGGUUAAUUCUCAUCUGGCAGAGUACAUGGACAGACACACCAAAUUACAAAUGGAGAAUUCUGAACUCAUCUGCAAACUGUCUGAAAGAGAUAAUCAUAUCCUAGAAAACCGGGAGAAUGCCAGUCAGGUUAAAGAUCAAAACCAGGAACUUUCUGAAAAAUUUGAGGAAAGCAGCAGACAGAUUGAAGAACUACAAAGAAACAUUGACCAAAUGGAGAAGAAAAACACAGACUUGUCAACAAAAUUGACUGAAAGUGAAAAGAAUGUGCAAGAUUUCAAAAAUGGCAUCAGUCAAAAAGAGAAUGAGCUACAGAAUUUGAAUACUCAAAUGGAGGCUUUAAGGGGAGAGAAAAAUAAUGUACAAAAAGAACUUGAUGAACUUGAAGGAGUCUUGCAGCAGAAAACAAAACAUUAUGAACAUUACAUACAAGAAUUGAAGAAGGGACAGGAAAGUGAUUCCAGUUCCCUUCAAUUAGAGAGGAACCGUCUGCUGCAAGAAGCACAUGAAAAAGACAUGAAUAAUCUGAAACUUGAAGAGGAAAUAAAAUCUCUUCAGAGCAAUCUGUCUGAGACCAAGGAAACCUUGCAGUCGUCAAUAGAUGGCCAACAAGGUGUUGCCGGUAUCCUAGAAGAAAAUGAAAGAUUAAUUAAAGAGUUAAAAGAGGAAAACUCUCACUUGUCCCAUGAGAAUGACAGUCUACAAGUUGUUGUGAAAGAGCAAGAGGAAAAUCUUCAAAAGAUGGAAGCUGUGGAGCAGGAAUUGAAUACCCUUAAAGAGGAGAGGAACACUUUGAAGGAGGAAUUGAGGAAGUCGAAGCAAACAUUGGAAAAUAAGGCAGAAAAAGAGGUUAUGCAAGCACAGACUUUAGAAGUCAUCACUGAAUUAGAGUCUGAGCUGAGUAUGUCUACAGAAAAAAUAGUUAGUCUUGAAAAAGAAUUGAAACAACUGAAAGAGACUAUUGUGGAAAAUGAUAAUGAAAUUAAAGAACUCAAUGAAAGGAAUCAGGACUAUCUGGAAAAAGCUGAGGAGAAAACUAAAUCAUUUAAUCAAUUGAAGUCUUCAGUUGAAGAAAAAGACCAAGUGAUUGCUACCCUGGAAAAAGAGUUACAUGAUGAGAGAGAGACUAUUAGUAAACAUGAAACUGGAAUCAAAGAAUUAAAUGAAAGGAAUCUUGGACAUUUGAAAGAAGCAGAGGAGAAGGCCAAGAUAAUGAAUCAGCUCGAGACUUCUGUGGCUCUGCUCAACCAGUCAGUAUCAGAAAAAGAUGAAGCCAUUGGAGGACUUCAAAAGAAACUAGUGAGAGCUCAGUCACUGGUUGAAGCAGAGAAACAGCACUUGUUAGAAGUUGAUGAGGAGUCCUUGGCUGUAGAGCUUUCUAAACCGCAAUACUUGGCCAUAGAAGAAAAACCUCAUAUGGAACCACCAAAAAUGGAGUCCAAAACACAGUCUGAGGACAAAGAUUCCAAUCAAGAACAUACACAUUUCGAACACCAGCAUUUAGAUAUAGAAGUGUUGGCCAAAGAAAACAGAUGUCUGCAAGCAGAAAAUGAAGAAUUGAAAGUAAAGUUUGAAGAAGAUUUGAACUCUUAUAGUGAAAGAGUAAUUGAAUUGCAAGAUGAAAAUGAAAAAUUAAAACUUCAUCUGGCAGAGAAAACUGAUGAGUAUAACAAACUGUGUGAAAUUAAUGAAGAGGAAGUGAAACUCUGUAAAAGUACUCAGUCCACGGUAGAAGAUCAGGCAAUGGAGAUUUCUUCAUUGAAAUAUCAAUUAAUGCAAACAGAGCAAUAUGACUCGAAAAUGGCUCAUAGUCAAAACAGUUUCUCUGGUUAUGAAUAUACAAAGGAUUACAUAAAUGGUUCUGAAAAAAUGCAAGAAGAAAUCAUCACACCUGAAAAAUCUCUAUCCUUGUCAAAUGGAAAUCAAUCUAGUGGUAUUUCAGAAAGUGAAGAAAUGGAGAAACUCCAGGCCUUCCUGAAAGAAAAAGAUAGUGUUAUUUCUGAAUUACAGAAUAAUAACUCUUCGUUAUUGAAAAUGUUGGAGACUAAAUCCCUUAGUUCAUUGGGGGAUAAAACUUUAGUUGAUGUUCAUAGACUUGAAAAUGAGGUAAAGCAACUGAAACUGGAAAGAGAGCAGAUUUUAGCAGUGAUGAAUGAAAAGUCUCGCGAGGCAAGUAAUCUAAAGAGUGAAGUUCACCGUCUUACAAAUAUUAUAGCUGCUGAAAAAGUAGCAAUAAAUAAACUUCAGAAAGACAACCAGGAUCUGACUCAGAACAGAGAGAAAAGUGUUGUGGAGGAUAUGCAGAAGGAGGCUCUCCAAAACCUGUCCCGAAUAAUUUGUGACAAGGACAUGGAGAUAGAGGCACUCACAAGUAAAAAUGAGACUCUGGUAGCAGUCAUGCAAGAGUCAUCUGACAGUGGUUCACAAAUAAACUCACUCAUGCAGGACAAAGCUAACCUGAACAAGCAGCUUACUGAUCUGAAAAGUGAACGUGAACAGAUGAUUACUUACCUGAACCAGAAACAUCAAGAGAGUGUGGCCUACCACACAGAAAUUCAGAGACUGACAGAAUACAUCAACAUAGAGACAGAGAAGCACCAAGCUCUCCAACAAAACUAUGCAGCUCUUGUUCCUCAAUUUGAGGAGAAAAAUGAAAAUUUGCUGAAAGUGCAAAAUGAAUUAAUAAACUAUAAACAAAAAUUCCAAGAUCUUGAGAUAAAAUGCAGUGAACUGGAUCAACGAAUGAAUGCAUCAGAAACUGUGGAUUCUCUGACACACAAUUCAAAACUAGAAGAAAUUAAAAGACUGCAGGAAAAGCAAAAAGAACUCCUCGACAGUUUGAAGGAAAAGGAGAUUAAAUGUCAGACUCUUCAUCAACAAAAUUCAGAGUAUGAGGAAUCUCUUUCCAAACAAACGAUGGAAAUCUCAAGUUUAAAAAAACAACUUGAUAAUAUGACUUUCAAACUGCAGGGACUGCAGAGUGAACUGAGCGAUGAGGGAAGUGAGAAAACUGGUCUGGAACAUCAAGUAGUGGAGCAGAUGUCUAACAUCCAGAUUUUGAAGGAAUCCAACAACCAUCUGACCCUGAGUUUGCAGGAGAAGGAGUUUGAAGUGAACAGUUUACACGAGAAAGUGCGCACUCUACAGGCAGUAAUACAGAACAAGGAGGGUGAGAAAGGUCAGGUGAACAAACUGAUGCAGGAGAAUGAGUCCAUCCUAGGUCAGGCCAGACAGCUUCAGCAGGAGAGGGACCAGGCUAUAAUGGCUCUCAAACAGAGGCAGUCCGAGCAGACUGGGCUUUUACAAGAGAUUCAGAAACUUAAAGAAAAGGAUAGCAAAAAUCAGAAGGAGCUGGAGCGAUUAAGAGGUCACUUGAUACAGUUGGAAGAUAGCUACACACAAGAAGCCCUUGAUGCAGAAGAACGAGAAAAGGAUCUCAGAAACCGCUUGGCUGUUGCUGAGGAAACAGCAAUGUCUUCCUCCUCACAGAUGGAGACAGCAAGUCAGCAGGCAAGUCAACAGACCGCAUCUCUACAACAGCAGCUCCAUCUGUUGGCAGGCCAGAGGGACCAAGCUUAUCUCCAGGUGUCCUCACUACAGGACCAGUGUCAGCAGUAUGCCGUGUCUCUCAACAAUCUUCAGUUGGUAUUAGAACAGUUUCAACAAGAAAAAGAUGCACAGCUCUCACUUGAGAUGGAACGGAACCAGAAUGAGAUAGUUAUCCUCAAAGAACAAGUAGGCUCAUUGCAGGCAGAUUUAAAUACAACCAAGGAAAAGUUGGCUGAUGCUGAGGAGGGUUUAGAGGCUGCGUCUCGCCUGACUGAACAACUAGACCGGAAGGAGGAGGCAUUGUUGGCAUUGAAAGAAGAAGUACAAAACCGUGAGAAAUCACUGAAAGCUGCUGAGGAUGAUCUUCACAACCUACGAAUAUCCACUGACAACAAAGUGGACAAACUUGUUAUAAAGAAUAUGUUGAUGGGAUACUUCCUCUCGCCAAAAAGUAAACAGUCUGAGGUGCUGAGAGCAGUGGGAGGCAUUCUUAGUUUCACAGAGGAUGACUUCAACAAAAUAACUGGUGCUUCCAAGAGCUGGGUUACGGGAUUAUUGAGAUUGGGUGGAUCUCCAGCUCCCGUCACCCCCUCCACACCCACAAGGGCUGUUCCAGAACCAACACCAUCCACUCCAAAGGCUGAAAGUUCAUUUUCUGAGCUGUUUGUGAAAUUCCUGGAAACAGAAUCAUCACCCACUCCUCCCGUCUUGAGACUCCCGGCAGAAGACAUGGCUAGAGAUGUUCAGCGCCAAAAACAGGCACAAAAAGACAGCUAUAAUCCAUUUACUGCUCCUAGGCAUGUGUCCAUACCAGCUGGAGACUCUACUGAUCACAGGAAUUCCCCCAUUCUCAUGUCAGGAGCUCCCUUAUCCCCAAUGACCUUAUUUGCCCCAGUAACCACCCCUCAGCCUCUUUCUGGUACUGCACAGGCUACCUCACAGAACACAUCAAGCGCAAUCCUGAAAAAUGUUUUAGAAACCAGAUAAUACAUAGCACCUUAUGAUUUUAAUUUUAUUUAGUCAUUAAACUCAUGAUAUGGGCCAAACCAAGGACAAUUAUUCCUUAUUUUCAAUUUUACAUGAAUUGGUGGCAUUGUGAAAUAUUUGGGUAUUCAGAGGAUGAUCUAAUUACAAAUUGUUCCCAGUCUGUUACUUGUCAAAUGAUCAGGUACAGCAUGCAUUUGUGAUAGUAAUGUAGCUGUUGAAAGCUUUAUUUUUAUAAAUUAUUUGACUGUACAUAGUAGAGAUAUUUUAAUGGAGUAUGUAUUUUUCAUACUCAACUGCAUAUUUGUUGUACAUAUAUAUGCAGGAAUUGGGAUAUUUUAAUUAUAAUUUGAAAAUAAUGAAUAAAAAUAUUUAAAAACUGAU